CAUACCUAUGUCGAGAAUAUUGGAAGUCCAUAAAUAAUUAUUUGAAUACAAACAAAGGACGAUCAAACCCGCUAGAGGCGGAAACUAUGAGACCUCAACACAAGAAUUAAUCUUUGGAAAGAUUUAAAGUAAAAGAUUUACCUUUUCAAUCCCAUAAUGUAAGGUUGCACCUUCCUAACAUAAGUUCUGGAAUAAUUUCGUAAGUAAAGUAAAUUCUCUCAUGCAGCUGUAACGUAAUUAUGUAUAUCACAUUUAGUACUUUAUCUCAAGAACUGAACCUCUCCAAAUAUAGUAUUGAUCCUUGCUUCCAUUUUUAAAGCCAAAAAAAAUAUGGGUCGUCACGAUGACUUUCGACAAUGGCCGUUCCUCAACCAGGAAGAGUUCGAGCUUGCUUGUGCUUUCUUCGAUCAGAGAUAUGUCAGAGCAAAAUUAGGCCCAACGAGAAAGAUCUUCAAGAUACGCUCCCGCCGUGUAGCAACUACAGGGAACUCGUAUAUUGAGAUCCUUCGCCUGCUGCAGCCUCCUGAUGAUGCAGAUGACUUGUCACAAGCUCUUGAGAUGCUUGGUGGAAGUGGUGGGUUGGGCGAAAGAUGGAAGGGAAAAGAGAAAGAAGAUGUUGAGAUGAUGAUCGAUACAGUGGAUGAAGACGGAGACCAGGAAGCUCUUCGUCCGUCCUCCUCAGCAGCCAAUCUAGCAACUGUUAAGGAGCCUCCCCCUCAGUAUACCCAGUACUCUCAUCAACCAUACGUAACAUAUGAGAUCCAUCUCCACCCCACUUACAGUAUGCCAACUCUGUGGUUCACGCUACACGACCUUCCUAUGGGUGAACCUACUUUCGAUUUGGACUCUGUCUAUCGCUACUUGAUACCUCAUGAAUUCAAGAGCAAGCUUCGAGCCGCAGGAAUCACAGGGGGUAUAUCGGCCGCGCCUCACCCAAUCACCGAUGUUCCAUCCUUCUUCAUCCAUCCAUGCCAGACCAAAGAGGCCAUGGAGAACUUCGAGUGUUCUAUGGAGGAAUAUCUCAUGGUAUGGAUAGGAUUGGUUGGAGGCUGUGUUGGACUAUGGGUGCCUCCUGAAAUGGCGCACGGGGACAAUGUUAGUUAGGUAACCACGAGCAUCCUGGUGAGCUUGAUCCAGACAGUCAAUCAUAUGAGAUUACUCAAACAUCCCAUCCUGCAAGCACACAUCUUCAAGAAUCAACUCCAAUAUUGGUCCACAAUUCAG